AACGAGCUCAAGUUAUUCUGACAUCCUGAGUUCCGCACAGAUCUCUCGUUACCCGAACAAACCCUUCCCUUAUUCUCUAUAGGCAGCAGCUAAAAUACAAACACACGUUAGGGCAAAAAAAAAAAAAAUACCGCUACCGUUGCUGGUUUGUUUCUCACGAAACAUUGACAACCUCCUCCCCCUCCUCCUCCUUGCUCUGGAAAGAAUUAAACCAAAAAAAUUGUUCUGUUUUAAAUGGCGAGCAGGAAACUUGUUCGAGACUUGGUCCUCUCAAGACAGCCCCUGUUUCUUCACUUCAUAUCCAAGCAGGUUCCAAGCAGCAGAUUACAGGUGGUAUCAAAUUACGGGUGCCCGUAUUCCGGCUACCGUCGAUUUAGCGUCUUCAAUGAGUUUUCCAAGAAAGUUAAAGGAGAAGCUCAAAUAAAUCUAGAAUUUAAACAGUCUGUGAAGGAACUGAAGGAAAAAGCAGAGGAACUGAAAGGGGUGAAAGAAGAGCUCAAAGUAAGAACAAAGCAGACAACUGAGAAGCUGUACAAGCAUGUGGAUUGCGUUUGGACUGAAGCUGAAGCUACUGCGAAAAAGGUUUCUGCCAAUGUUAAAGAAAAAGUUUCAGCUGCCACAGAGGAGGUCAAAGAAACUUUUGGGAUUGGGAAAGAAGAGUCAUCUGAGUCUGCUGGCACGUCGGCUAAAGAUGGUGUUGGUGCUGAAGAAUGUAGAAAGGCCUUUCCUGGUGAAGAAGCAGACAAGCAGACUGGAACCAGUGAUACAGCAGAAACAUUAUUUGGAAAGUUUAAAUCAAGCAUUCCUUCCUCAAAAGUGUCUUCAGCCUUCCAGAAAUUGAAAGAAGCAAGGGUCAGUGAAAUGAUGAAGAAAGGAUAUGAUGUUGUGAAGGAUGAGUUAUAUGGUAAUACCAAUACGAGAAAGCACCUGGAAUAUACCCCUCCUCCUUCCUUCAGCGGUGAAAUAAGUACAAAAACUGACAUUGCUGUUCUACCCUCAAAACAGUCUCGAUGGAGUAAAAAAUGGGAGGCAAUAAGAGAAAAAAUGCAAGGUCAUCCUUUAUUCAAGCAUUUUGCUGGUCUCAGUGAACCUGUUGUGACAAAGGGUCAUGAGAUUGCAGAGGACAUGCGGGACAGAUGGGAGACAAGUGAUAGUCCCAUUGUUCACAAAAUCCAGGAUGUCAGUGAUUCCAUCUUUCAAGAAAGUGACGCUGCAGCAUCAAUCAAGGAAAUACGUCGUCGAGAUCUAUCAUUUUCUUUGAUGGAUUUUGUGGCAGAAGUUCAGGAAGCUAUUAGACCUGUCCUUAAUGCUUAUAUGAAGGGGGAUAUAGAAACUUUGAAGAAAUACUGCACCUCUGAAGUGAUUAAUAGGCGUGAAGCAGAACAUAAGGCAUUUGAGGCCCAUGGUAUAUUCUUUGAUAACAAGAUUUUACAUAUAUCUGAUGUGGAAGUAAGGGAGAUCAAAAUGAUGGGAACCUCUCCGCUAAUCAUUGUGGCGUUCCAGACACAGCAAGUCCAUUGUAUUCGUGAUCAAAAUGGUGCAAUAACAGAAGGGGGUCAGGAUACAAUCCAUACUGUAUACUAUGCAUGGGCUAUGCGACAAGUAGAUCCAGAAGAACUUGGUGGGGGUGCAAUCUACCCAAUAUGGAAGCUAAUGGAAAUGCAACAGCUUGGAGUCCAAUCCCUCAUCUAGUUUUCAUAUUUUCAAGUUACUGAUGGAUGUUGUACAAUUGAAAUUUACUGAAUUUUUUUAUUUUCCA